AUGAUAGGGUUCAGUAUAUUGACAGGAGGGGUUCAACGCUUUGUGGCAUAUGUAAAAAAAAAGGUGCACAUGUACAACUCAGUCACAGCUGCAACCUCGAUUCUUUUCUCUUGCCCUAGAUUUGAGAAGGUUAUUAAUUUUCGGAGGUUCAGACAACAAGUACCAGGAAUUCUUUUCGACAUAUACGAUGGUGCAAAGUGGAACACCUUGAAAGACAGUAACGAUAAGCAAUCCAUAGCCCACAGACGUUUCAUACUACUUACACUUAAUAUCGGUUGGUUUCAGCCUUUCGAUAAGAUAUCAUACUCGUGGGAAGCUAUCUACCUGUUCAUUAACAAUCUGCCAAGGGAAGAGAGGUACAAGAAGGAAAACAUCGUUCUUUUUGGGCUUAUUCCAUAUGCAAAGCAAGCCAAAACCAGUGAGGCAAAUCACUACCUUUGCCUUCUCGUAGCCGAGCCCAAGAAAGUGUAUUCCGGUGUGGUUAUUUCCAUUAAAAAAUAUCCUUCCGGUACCUUGGUCCAUGCUGCACUUCUUCCUGUUGUCUGUGAGAUCCCAGCUGCAAGGAAAACACGUGGAUUUCCAUAA